AUGUCGUCGGACGUCUACUACAGUGAUGAUGUGGUGGAGAGGAGCUCCUUCCCAUUGGACAUCGACAACGUCCACCUGCUGCUGCAGGUGGAACAAGUACAGAUUCAGAAAAGGACCUUCACAAACUGGGUCAACGCUCAGCUGGGAAAGAGGAGGCCGCCAUGCAUGGUCGCCGAUCUGUUCAGGGAUUUCUGCGACGGCUCCAAACUGCUGGACCUGCUGGAGACGAUGAGCGGCCAGCGCUUCAGUCGGGAGAGAGGCAGAGGGACGUUUCAGCACAGGAGCAACAUUGAGAAAGCUCUCUCCUUUCUAAAGAAUAAAUCGAUCAGACUAGUCAACAUAAACAUUCCUGACAUCAUGGAUGGUAAACCGUCCAUCAUCCUCGGCCUCAUAUGGACGAUCAUCCUGCAGUAUCACAUCGAGGAGUUGGCCAGCAGCCUCUCGUUCAGCUCCCGUCAGUCGUCCAUGGAGUCUCUGGCCAGUCUGGACUCGCGCUCCACCCUGUCGAGUCGCUCGGCCAGCAGCAGCCCCGUUCCUCCCAGAGCCUCGCCGCUGCACAACCGCUUCAAGGUGUCUGCCAAGAAGGCCCUCUUGCUCUGGGUCCGGGAACAGUGCCACAAAGCUGGCUGUUCAAUCAAUGUGAAAGACUUCAAGGCGAGCUGGAGGAGCGGAGUGGUGUUUCUGGCGAUCUUGUACGCUCUGCGGUCCGACUUGGUGGAUCUGUCCAAAGCCAGAACCAGAAGCAACAGGCAGAACCUGGAGGAGGCCUUUCGCGUUGCGGAGAAAGAGCUGCGGAUCCCCAGACUGCUGGAUCCUGCUGACAUGUGCUGA